AUGUCAAUGUCUAAUAUUUAUAUUAUUUUGUGCUUCGGGCAAUGCUCGACAGAUUUUGUUUUGUUAUUUUAGUUUGUAUGUCGCAAAUCAAAGAGUGAAAAAAAAACAUUGAUUUGCUCUGCUAAUUAGCGUGAAUCCGAUAGAUUUUUGGGUUAUUUUUAAUCGGUGCAGUCGUCAAAAUGCUGUACGACUGGCAAAAGUGGUGUCGACUGUGUGGAACAACCGAAGUGGAAAAUACUGCGCUAAAAAUUGAAGUGAUUCCAAAUCGGAUAUUUUUAAUUCAAAAGCAUUUUACGGUUUUGUUGACGGAAUUCGAUUGUAUAUCGAAUGUUUGUGCGAAUUGUCAUCAAUUCAUCGCAGAGUUCGAACGAUUUUCCGAACGAUGCUCAAAAGUGCAUGCACUAUUCAAUAGUUUAAUCUCAUCCACCGAUCUCGAAAUCGAUUCAAAUUACUUGCAAACACUUCGAUAUGAAGCUGGACUUGACAGAGAUGAGAAACCUACGGAAGUUGACUAUAAAACCACAGACCAAUGCACUGACACAGACGAUUUGGUUGUAGCUGAGUCUUCCGCUUCAUUUGUUGUGAAUGUUAAAACCGAACAAAUGACGGUGAAACGAGUUAAGAGGGAACCUAGGACAAAGAAACGCACAAAAAAAAGCCGUAAACAUGAAGACGAUGAAGACGAAAUCAAAGAGGAAGAAAUGGAGAUCGAUGCUUUCGAUUACGAUAACGAUGACUUUGAGAACGAUCCAUCGUUUGCCAUCACCAGUGACUUGGAAAACCGACAAUUAGACGAGGACGAAUUGGACGAUUUGGUUGGCGAUGGUGAUGAUGAGUAUGGCUUGGAUGAAAUAAAAGACACACCACGAAAGAGACGACGGAAAGUUCAAGUACCUGAUGAUAAAACAUACAAUUGCCCGUUAUGCAGCAUUGACUUCGAAAACAAACGCCUGUUCGACGGUCACAUGCGUGAGACUCAUCCGAAAUCCGAGAAUCCAUUCAGCUGUUCAAAGUGCCCGAAACGAUUCCAAUCACUAACAAAAUUGCAGCGACACGAGAUCGUUCACUUGCCCGAUGAACUGAAGCUGGUCCAUCCCUGUCAAUUCUGUGACAAACGUUUUAGCAAACUGGUCAAUGUGCAGGCUCAUAUUCGAGCAAUUCACACAGGUGAUCGGCCAUUCAUUUGCGAAGAAUGCGGCAAGAGUUUUGUGGCAAAAGGAGCGUUGAAAGAACAUCAAAUUACACACAGCGAAGAGUAUCCAUUCCAGUGCCAGCAUUGCCCGAAGAAAUUCAAAAAUAUGGCAAGAUUGCGGACGCAUGAAGACAUCCACAAACAUACCGCUUACAUUUGCCCACACUGUGGUCUUCAGCUAAACACAAAACGUACGCUAAAAAUGCAUAUGGUCGUCCAUUCGGAUCAGAAGAAAUACAAAUGCCAAUACUGUGGCAACGAGUACAAACGAUCGAAAGCACUGAAAAAUCAUCUAAUUCUACAUACAGGCCUACGACCGUAUGUUUGUCCAUUUUGCGAGAAAACAUUUGCAAACGGAUCGAACUGUAGAAGUCACAAGAAAAAGGCCCACCCUGUUGAACUGGCCGCUUUGGAAGCGUCCGGAGAAGUUUUGCCCGCAGCCAAUAUUCCCAAAUUGGAACAUUUACAACCUAAAAAACCAGCACCUGAGAACAAUAUAGUCAUUAUCACCCAAAACGACGACAAAAUUAUCGAAAGCAUCGUAUACACUUGAGUUCCGUCGAAGAGUCAUCGAAUCUAAUACAACCUUUAACUGAUAGUAUCUAAAUGUCUUCACGAAAAACAACAAAACAUUCUUAUAUCGAUAAAUAAAACAAACCCUAGCUAUAGCAUAGAAAUGGCACAACUGAAUAGUGUUAUGUUAAGGAAAUGUUAAACUUGAGAUAAAAAAAUUAAAGUGCAUGAUUUUGGAAAAUGAAACGAAAAAA